AUGCAGGUGUACCGCCGGGAGCAGGAGGAGGAGAUGAAGGUGCGGAUGGCGACCGUCCCCCGCAUGAAGAGGGACCGGCUCAUAGGGACCGGCUCACAGGGACCGGCUCACAGGGACCGGCUCAUAGGGACCGGCUCACAGGGACCGGCUCAUAGGGACCGGCUCACAGGGACCGGCUCACAGGGACCGGCUCACAGGGACCGGCUCACAGGGACCGGCUCAUAG